CACGCUGUGGCGAGCUUGCAUCAUUGCGCACACCUUGAUGCUGGGCAUGAGCAGGACGGGGUUGGCCGGAGCGGCGCUGCGGGUGGCGCUGACGGCGCUGCUGCCGCUGGUCCUGCCGGCGUACUACGUGUACAAGCUGACCACGUACCUCCUCGGCGCCGUCUUCCCCGAGGACGUCGCCGGCAAGGUGGUACUCAUCACCGGCGCCUCCUCCGGCAUCGGCGAGCACCUGGCCUAUGAGUACGCGAAGCGGGGAGCCUACCUGGCGCUGGUGGCGAGGAGGGAGGCGAGCCUCCGCGAGGUCGGCGACGUCGCGCUGGGGCUGGGCUCGCCGGGCGUCCUCGUCCUCCCGGCUGACGUCUCCAAGCCUCGGGACUGCGAGGGCUUCAUCGACGACACGAUUAGCUACUUCGGUAGACUGGAUCACCUGGUGAACAACGCGUCCAUCUGGCAAGUGUGCAAGUUCGAAGAGAUCCAGGACGUCAGGCACUUGAGAGCCCUGAUGGACAUCAACUUCUGGGGCCACGUGUACCCAACCCGGCUCGCCAUCCCUCACCUCAGGAGAAGCCGUGGCCGGAUCGUGGGCGUCACCUCCAACUCGUCCUACAUAUUCAUCGGGAGGAACACCUUCUACAAUGCCAGCAAGGCGGCGGCGCUCAGCUUCUACGACACCCUGAGGAUGGAGCUGGGCAGCGACAUCCGCAUCACCGAGGUGGUGCCAGGCGUGGUGGAGUCUGAGAUCACCAAGGGGAAGAUGCUCACCAAGGGAGGCGAGAUGAAGGUGGACCAGGACGAAAGAGACGUACGCCAUCCUGGGGCCGACGCCGGCCGAGCCCGUGGGCGACUUCGCCAGGACCGUGGUGCGCGACGUGUGCCGGGGCGCGAGGUACGUGUUCGAGCCCAGGUGGUACAUGGGCGUCUACUUGCUGCGGGCCUGCCUCCCGGAAGUCCUGGCCUGGAACUCCCGCCUGCUCACUGUCGACACGGUCGGCGCGUCCACCACGGACACGCUCGGAAAGUGGCUGGUCGAGCUGCCCGGCGUGCGCCGCGUCGUGCAGCCGCCGUCGCUCCGCUCGCCGGAGAUCAAGGACUAGUGACGGUGAUCGUGUACGUUCUGUGGCCAUGGAUAGCACUAGCUGUAUGAGACCGAAGUUCCUUUAGACAUCGACACGAUUAAUAAAGGACUCAAUUAUCUUAAUGCUACUACAAAUUACUCCCUCUGUUGUUUUUUUAUUUGUCGCUUUUUUCCAAAAAUAAAAUAGCGGGCACGGACAAAUA